GGUUUUAUACUUUGUUAGUUAUUUCUACUGCUCUUUUUGACAAGCCACCUUUCAAGAAUUUGAUCGUAAAUGGACUUGUACUGGCAUCGUAAGUGUAAACUUCUAGCCAGCUGGCUUUGGCCUUAUUUGGUGUACGCUGAUUGGCUGAAAUUGAUUUCUGCAACACACUGUAUGCAUGAGUGCAUUUUCCGAACAUAAUUUCUUCUCAUGUGAGAAGAGUUCAACAAAUACCACAUGAGUUUCAUUCAACAAAUACCACAUGCAGGCUAUCUUGGAAAGAUCGUUGCUAAAGUGGACGGACGAGAGGGCCGAAACAAUCGACAACCAGGCGCUCGCAACAUUCCCAAACCUUCUCUAUCUCUCACCGUACACCUAUACAUUACCCUAACAUUCACUAGUGCCAAAUCUGAGUUUAAAUUUGGAACCGUAUUUUGUAAACUCACUCUCGUCCUUCACUUUUAUAAUCAUUCCGCUUCUGGAACGUUGUAGUUUUCUCCUGUAGUAUAUGGCAGGGUAAGUAAGAUCUGGCUCUUACUGGAAAUCUGGGAGAACGUUAGCCAGUAGAAACUGAGUUAGUUUGAAUUAGUUUGCCCUUUAUAUAACGAAAAUCUUCUCUCAUAAGUUAAAUAAGAAAGAUGCCGCGUUUACCUCUGGCCAUGUAUACAUACUACAAUAUGUUCGUCUGUAUUCGUGUUGAUAUUUUAUGUUUCACAUAUAUUGAAAAUGAUGUAGACAAACCACUUGUUGAGUACUAUUUUUAUUCACAAUAGAGAUGGUUCAAAAAUGAGCAAAAGGAAGAAAAAUUAUCCAGAUCCAAUGGGAGUGAUUGAUAAAUAUGGUUCCGACGCUCUAAGGUAUAGACAUCUAUUCUAUGAUUGCUAGUUUCUAAGUAGAGGGAUCGAAGGGAGUCGACCAAUAACAUUGUUUUCUCAGAGUCUCAAAACAAACAACAAAGUAAGUAUCAAGCCGUAAGUUAAACAACGAACAACAGCUAAAGUAUUUUUUAUUAGGUUAUACUUGAUCAAUUCACCUGUGGUGAGAGCAGAUACUCUGAAAUUUCAAGAAAAAGGCGUCAAAGAUAUCAUCAAAGACGUGUUCUUACCUUGGUUAAAUGCAUACAGAUUUUUGAUACAAAAUAUACAACAAUAUGAAAAGGUGAGAGUUUCGUACUAUAUCAUUGAUGUUUGAAGUGCACACAUAAGUCCCUUUAUUUUUGCAAAGUUCGCUUUGGUAUACUGAACAUCUCUGUCAUCUAAAUCAAGAUGCAAAUCAAGACAUGGUGUAUAGUAUUUAAUAGUAAUGUCUGCAAGCUUUCAAUUAACUUGUGUGUACGAGUGACAGAAUGUCAUACAUGAACUAAGAUGCGAAUCAAGAUGAGGUGUAUAGUAUUUAGUAAUGUCUGCAAGCUUUGAAUUAACUUGUGUGUACGAGUGUCAGAAUGUUCAUACGUUAGAUAUCCUGGUUUCCUGGUUGGAAAACUCGAGGUGUUUCAACUUUUUGGACACAACAAGUUACAAGAAUGACAAACCUUGUGUACAGUUAGUUAUGCUUUACAGUAUUCAAAGAUGACUGACAAGAAAAUCCUCAGUAAUUGACUGUAAACAAUGAGACUUGUCACAUUGAAUUACUUGUCAAAUUGAAGAGACUUGUCAAAUUGAAUUACAAUAUUUUUUCGUACAUACGAGAAAAAUAAACUUGUCGAGGUCAGAUUGUUUACUAUACACAUAAACAGUUGCCAAUGUUUGUAUUUGUUGUUUAUGUUUAUGUUUAUGUUUAAGGAUAAUGGAGUAAAAUUUAUGUAUGAUGAAUCAAAGUUAGGUGUUUCGAAUAACAUCAUGGAUAGAUGGAUACUUUCAUUUGUUCAAUCUCUCGUUGUGUUCUUUGAAAAAGAAAUGUCAGGUAAGCUUGCCAGUGAACAACUAUGUGUUUGUUUUCUUAUUUGUUAAACCACGAAUACCUAUUCAGAAUUUCUAUGACAGCACACCCUUUGAAGGAUCUAUGUUUAAGAAUGUUAAAAUUCGUGGACACAUUAUUUGUCAAUAUCUCGAGUGUUGGGUUUCAGUGUAGGUACUUAUCUAGUAUCAGUGGUAGUGAUCAACAAUAUUGAAGGUUGAUUGAAGAUGCUGAGCGAAGGUUCUUUUGUUUGUCAAGUUGUUGCUUUACCAACCCUUCUGUAUAGAAGUUAGUUAAUUAGGUACAAAUUAGUUAAUUAGCUAAUUAGCUACAAAUUAGUCAAUUAGCUAGAAGCUAGUUAGUUAAAAAGCUGGAAGUUUGUUAGCUAGGAGAGCCUUUGUUCGAAACGUCGAGUUUGUUCUUAUUUUUCAGGUGGUUUGCCGUUUUGGCUCGUUCACACUUGCAAUUUUUGAUGCGAUUUUCGUGUUCUGAUGGAUGUGAACGAGCUCUGAAUGUUCAAAUGAGGGUAGUGGGUACAUAUCAGUGGUACAUAUACUCAGAACACUCACAUCUAUACUCGUUCACAUCCAUCAGAAGACGAAAAUUGCACUGGAAAUCGCAGCAAAAAUUGCAAGUGUAAACAGGCCUUGCACACCUAAAACCGCAAAUUGUCACACGACCACUGUGAAAUACGUGCAUGGUGCCGAUUCGUUAACUUUUGCAGUAGCUAACUUUUGUCAGCUUUAACUGCUUUUUAUACAACCGCUGCCCAGGAUUUUACAAUGCUCGUGACAUGUGUGUUUUCCAGCGUAUCGCUUAUAUACUGUUGUUCCACGUUUGGUAACGUUCAUUGAUCAACUCACAAACUGGUAUGUGAGGUCAAACAGAAAACGAAUCAAGGUUAAUAUAUUUGUUAUGCAUAAGAAUAAACAUUUGUUACUGAUAGUCAACCUAGGGUGAGACAAAAACCACACUUCUUGAAUAUUUCUUAUUUUGCUUUUAGGGUGAAUUUGGUAAAGAAGAUAGUUACAUGGCGAUGCAAACUUUAUUUAAUGUUAUUUAUACAAUGAAUCGAAUGAUGGUUAGUAAUGUGUUAUAUCACUGCAGUUCAUUCUAUAUUAAAUGCAUGACACUUAGAAAUUAAUCAAUUAGGGAAAUAAGAAGUUAUGCCAAAAAUUACAGGAACCACUGAGUAUUUGAAUAAAAUAUAAAACAGCGGUAAAAAAUGUUAAAAUGUUUAUUUUUGGAGUUACCGUUGUUUUAAAUAAGAAGUGCUGUUUUCUUUCAGUAAACAUGUUUCGCCCCAGUUCAUGCGAGACGUGUACGUAUAUGGUUUGCCUCUACCAAACACCACAGGUUUUCUCUGGGUGCUCUGGUUUCCUUCUUUAGUAAUGCCUGGCUGUUAAGGGAUAUCCUUCCUUUGUCUAUGCCUCUAUGGGGAGAAACAGUUCAGAACUAUUAGAUCUUCUGCUAGUCCAUGCAGUGUAAAUAACGUUUACUUCAAGUCCAGUAUAAAUAACAUUUACUUAAAGUCCAGUGUAAAUAACGUUUACUUACUGAUGUACACUCUAAAAAUACUGUGAUUAAAAUUCCUGCAUGGCUAAGCCUCUUGCAUAACCUAGAAAUGACCCUAUAUUUGGGUUAACUUUAUAUUAUAUACUUAAUAAAGGUUACCAAGAAAAUUAACCAAGAAUAUUACGUUAAUCCAAAUAGGAUUAUUUCUAGAUUAACUGCAGGAAGUUUUAACCUUAGUGUUUAUAGAAUGUACAGUACCUGUCAUUUGCAUGUGGACGGUCCAUUCAUGUUUGUUAUAAAACCUCUUAUUUCCGCCACAGGCGCCGUUUACACCUUUUCUGACGGAAUACAUGUACCAGCGAAUGAAAGAUUACAUUCAAUUUGAGAAAUCGGAGGAAUAUACGGACAGUAUUCAUUAUUUAAUGAUUCCUAAACAAAGGUUUGUGAUGCUUUA